AAGUGUAGCACGCAUACAUCUGCGACAGAGUGUUGUAAACAUUCAAUGACGCUAGUGAAUGACAGCGAUACAAAAACUGUAACAUCCUAGUUUUUCCGUACCAGAGGAGCUAAUAUGCGUUGGCCAUCGUUUUCACUUAUACUGUCUGGUGUUUUCCUGGGAUAUAUUGCAUAUUCAGUGUGGUCAUUAGCGCAGUUGUUUGUGCCACCGGCAUGUGGUAAAGGCGAACGUUGCAUUCCGUCAUUUCUAAGAAGUAAACCGAAAUUACAUUUGGCAUUGUUCACAUCAGUGAAACCUCACCCAAGUUUAAAAGAUGUGAAAUUCGUUGAAUCAUGGCGUGACUUCAAUUACACUUUUCCAAAGGCAAAGGAAUUGAAUUUAACCAUACCAUUGAGCACUCGGCAGAAUGGCUCUAUGUACCUGCAUCUGCUGCUAACUCAAGAAAAAGAACAUGAUAAUUUUUUUAAGUUACACCAGACUCCAACAACAGUCUACACAAAAAUUCGACUAACACAGUAUCAUGUGCCUGAAGCAGCAACAUUUCAGCUUCUAGGGAGUAAGGAAAACAAGAUUGACGAAAACAUCAGUGGAAAAUCUAUUAGACCUGUGGCUCAUCUAAAAUCAAGAAUAACAUUUAAUAUAUUAACUGAUGACAUCAAAUUUCCUGUGAAGAACUUGCCACCGGAAAUUGCACAGCUUCUAGUUUUGAACUCUCGGGGAGAAUUCCUUCCAAUAAUUCAGUAUGAUUUCCUCAACAAUCGCUUACGUGAUCUAGUUGUCAUCGGCAAGAAUGAUACUAUUAUGAUGACUACACUAGCAUAUGCUCCUGUAUCUACUGGAAAACUGAGAGUGAUGCAGCACAUUGAAACUGCUUUACGGUCAUUAAUGUCUUUUGGUUUUAAUGAAAAGGAUGUAGAUGAGGUAAAAGGAAUAUUUGCCGAUACAAAUAUGUAUCUCCUCUGCAUUACUGUGUUUGUGGCUGCUGUUCAUCUGUUGUUUGACUUUUUAGCUUUCAAAAAUGAUGUCACAUUUUGGCGCCACAAACAAAACUUUGCUGGCUUGUCAGUUAGAACAGUAGUUUGGCGAGCUUUCAGCCACAUUAUUGUGUUUCUAUACAUGAUGGAUGAAAAGACAUCAUUACUAGUCCUGAUUCCUUCUGGCAUUGCAACAGUAAUUGAGCUAUGGAAAGCGCAGAAGGUUAUUUAUGUGGAAGUAACAUUUAGUCAGUUACAUUUACCUUGCUUGAGGUUCACGUCAAAAGGGUCAUCUGCUGCUGAACAGAAGACCCAAGAAUUUGAUGCGGAAAUUAUGAGAUAUUUAUCAUACAUAUUGUAUCCCUGCUGCAUUCUAGGAGCAAUAUAUUCAUUACUGUAUGUGCCACACAAAAGUUGGUAUUCCUGGAGUAUUCAUAGUCUUGUGAAUGGUGUGUACGUCUUUGGAUUUCUAUUUAUGCUGCCUCAGUUGUUUGUUAAUUAUAAACUGAAAUCCGUUGCACACCUGCCAUGGAGAGCCUUCAUGUACAAGGCAUUCAACACAUUUAUUGAUGACCUAUUUGCAUUUAUCAUAACGAUGCCAACGGCUCAUCGAGUUGCCUGUUUCAGAGAUGAUAUCGUCUUCCUCGUAUAUUUAUAUCAAAGAUGGCUAUAUCCAGUAGACAAAACUCGUGUGGAUGGGACACUAGUUACAGAUGAAAAGAAGCAUGAAUAAGAUUACUCUUACAGCUGCAUUAAGUUCUAUAACAAGAAAGUAAAUGCUCACAGAACAUAAUUUGAAUUAUCAUACCAGAGUGAGGAAGAAUUAAUUUCUUUCCGCCCAAAAGCAGAAGCUUUUCAUAAUGUUGUGUAACAACAGGGUAAAUAAGACAAAACUUUUCAGGCUUAAGUCACUGAAGCUACCUAUUUGUUACUGUAUCAAAUGUUGUUCUGCACACCCUAAAGAAAUCCAUUAAAAAUGAUUCUAAACUUGAACGCUCUGAAAUGAACUUAAUACUGCAGAGUUAAGAUUACAGUACUGUACACACUGAUUUUGAAAUCCCCUGUGCUGCAGUAACAGCAUGAAAUCAAAGCAAGCUUGGAUACAUGUUUCUGGGGAAUCUCCCUCCACAAGAUGUGUGAGUGCAACAUAAAAACCAGGUUAAUUAUUUUUCUUUGGGCACAACUAGAAAAAUUCUUCACUGACAUGUGGCAUGGGUGGGAUUGUCUUAAUUAGAAACAGUAUCUUUUUUGCAUAUUGUAUCUCAGCUUCCUUAUGGCUUCUCCAUAAUGCACAUUGUGGUACAACUGCAAUCUGGCCUCUAUUGUGGGACAGGUUAAUGUGGAAAUCAUUGGGAAGGGGAAUCUACAAAGCAGUAUAUGCUACCAGUACAAGUCCACUGUUUUCUCGGUCUCUGGUACAGCCACCUUCAAUUCAGAGCCUCCACUCAUUCAUGACCUAGGACUUGGUUCAACAAUGUUACUUCAAAUUUUAUUUGCAUAUCAAUUUUGACAAAGUUGUUGCUUAUGUAUUUUCAACUGACGAAAGCUCUUCAUUGUCAGUUUUGUGCAGUACUCUUCUUAGAAUGCAGAAAUGUUUAACUUUUAAGCAAGCCAUCUGAUUAUAGAAUGCUGUGACUGUGGUAUUGGAUAUUCUGAUACUAGAGACUGAAUCAAUUUGUAUGAAUACAAAAUGCUUUCAUUAUUCUGAUGUAGUCUAGUCACAGUUUAUUCAAAUAAAAUUUAGAUUUAAGCUUAAGAAAAAGAUUGGACUAAAA